UACACACGCGCAAUCGACGGGCGCGGGACGAAACGUGAACGCUCGGUUGUCUGCAUCUCGCAUCAUAAAUCUUUUCCUACUGGGCAAAUUCUGACAGCUUGUAAGACAAUGGACAGGCAGAACCACGACAAAGCCAAAGUAAUGUGGACGCCUGAUCGGAAGAAGCAGACAAACAUGGAUGCAUUUCGAGAAGACGUGAAUCGAAAUUACAAGUUGAACCUGGAGACUUAUGAUGAAUUGUGGAGGUGGUCAACUGAGAAUUAUGCCGAUUUCUGGGAAGCUUGUUGGAAAUUCGUUGACAUCAUCCAUUCAAAAAGUUAUGAUAAGGUGGUGGAUAAAGACAAGAUCAUUUUGGACAUCCCAGAGUGGUUUGCCGGGAGCAGGCUCAACUUUGCCGAGAAUCUGCUUCGCCACACGGACGACAGAGUGGCCCUCUACGAAGCAGCGGAAGGUAAAGACAGUGUUGAACGCAUCACCUACAAUCAACUCAAGGACCGAGUGGCUGUCUUGGCCUCAGCCAUGCAGAACAUGGGAAUCAAGGCAGGCGACAGAGUGGUUGGUUACAUUCCUAAUUGUGCCCUCGCCAUAGAAGCGAUGCUAGCUGCGGCCAGCAUCGGCGCUGUCUGGAGCUCGACAUCACCAGACUUUGGCGUCAUGGGCGUCCUGGACCGCUUCAAGCAGAUCCAGCCCAAGCUCAUCUUCUCGGUGGAGGCGGUUAUCUACAAUGGCAGGACGCACCCCCACGACAAGAAACUCCAGCAGGUGGUCAUGGGACUGCCGGAGCUGGAGAAGGUGGUGGUCAUUCCCUACGUGAAGCAAGAGUCCGAAAUCGACAUCUCCAACAUUCCAAACAGCAUAUUCCUCUCAGAGUUCCUGGCAUCAGGCCAAUCAGCUGAUGGCAUCACACCCCCUCUGGAAUUCGAACAGCUGCCCUUCAAUCACCCCCUGUACAUCAUGUAUUCAUCCGGAACGACUGGUGCGCCAAAGUGUAUGGUCCACUCUGCUGGGGGAACACUCAUACAGCAUCUAAAAGAGCACAUUCUCCAUGGCAACAUGACAAGAAAGGACAACAUCAUUUACUACACCACUACAGGUUGGAUGAUGUGGAAUUGGUUAGUGUCUGCCCUGGCCGUGGGUAGCGGAGUGGUGCUGUACGACGGCUCACCUCUGGUGCCGUCUGCCAAUGUGCUCUGGGAUCUGGUCGACCAGUUGGAAAUCAGCAUUCUCGGGACUGGUGCCAAGUGGCUGUCGGUGUUGAAUGAGAAGGAUGUCCACCCAGCCAGUACACACAGGCUGACCUCCCUCCACACCAUCCUUUCCACUGGCUCGCCACUGACUCCAAGCUUGUAUGACUACGUCUACUCCAAGAUCAAGGGGGACGUCUUGCUGGGAUCAAUCACAGGUGGCACCGACAUUGUCUCCUGCUUUGCCGGUCAGAACCCCACCCUGCCAGUGUACAGAGGGGAGCUGCAGAGCCGCAACCUGGGCAUGGCCAUUGAGUGCUGGAAUGACAAAGGCAAAGCAGUUUACAACGAAAGUGGGGAGCUGGUCUGUCUCCAACCGUUUCCCUGCAUGCCAACGCACUUCUGGAAUGACCAAGAUGGGGUCAAGUACAAGAAGGCGUACUUCUGUAAAUACCCAGGUGUGUGGGCACACGGUGAUUUCUGCUUGAUCAAUCAGGAGACAGGCGGCAUCGUAAUGCAAGGGAGAAGCGAUGGGACCUUGAAUCCAAAUGGAGUCAGGUUUGGAAGUGCAGACAUCUACAAACUGGUGGAGGACUUCAAGGAGAUCCAGGACAGCCUGUGCGUCCCCCAGCGCAGCACCAACAACGAGGAGCGCGUGGUCCUGUUUCUCAAAAUGGCAGACGGGCGCGACUUCAGCCCGGAGCUGGUUCAGCGGGUCAAGGUGGCCAUCAGGUCGGGCUUGUCAGCCAGGCACAUCCCAGAAGUCAUUCUCGAGACCAAGGACAUUCCAUACACCAUCAACGGUAAGAAGGUUGAGGUGGCUGUGAGGAGGAUUAUCUCCGGAGAGAACGUCCAGCAACGCGGAGCUCUCGCUAAUCCCAACUCCUUGGACCUCUACUCCAACAUCCCACAGUUACAAGGUUAUGAGGGAUCUCGCUCUCUCAAGGAGUUCCAAGUCGUGGGAUCCCCAACCAGAUCAAAGGCGCAGCAUGAGCCACCAAGCCCCAAUUCAGGAUCACCGUCCAAGAGACAUCAGGUUGGAAGCCCGACUGAGAAGGGUGACCAAAGCUAGAGGCAGAGGGAUUAGUUGACAUUGGCAGCUCUGAUAAAGGCCAGAUAUUGUGGUUGAAAGCAAAUGGCCGAUCUGUCACAAAUUUUGUUGUGUCUUGGCACAGACAGGUGCGAAUUGGCAAAAAGUUUGAUUAGCUCUGUCACAUGGGAAUUUUGCAGUAAAUGCAAACUUGCUUCAUGUAUAAGACUUGUGUCAAAAUUUAUGUGUUCUAAGCCAUUGGUCUGAAGACUGUUCUGGCAGCUAUUGUGACAUUAAUUUUAUGUCAAACAACAGGUUUAAACCCUUUAUUGAUCCACAUACUUGAAAGUUUUAAUUUUAUUGUUCAGUAAUUUCUCACCCUUAGACUGAUUUUUCUAAAGUUUGUCAAAUCAUCCAAUGCUGCACAAGCAUUGGUAAAGUGGGGAAACUUUGCAAAAUAACAGGGAAUCUACUUGUCUUAAAUCAGAUAACUUCUCUGCCUCUGUGUGCCAUUUGCAACCUUUUUUGAACAAAUCGCACCAAGGGUGCCAAUGGAUAACAUUAGUUUGAGCAUUGUAGAAAUGAAACAGGAUUGCCGCUAACCGUCCUUGUCAAUGUGCCUUUUGGAGAAACUACAGUACUUUGUGUACUGUAAGCCACUGUUACACAUUUUGCCUCACAAAUGACAUCACGGGUUAUUAUUAUUACUCACAUUAACCCACCAAUUUGCAUAGUUAUCAUCAGUUACUAUAGUAUUGUCAGUCAUCAAUCAAUAAGUGAUUGGCUUUCAAGGCUUUUUGAUUACAAUUGUGCAGUGAUAAGUGCAAUAUCAUCAUUUUCUUUUGAAAGCUCCAUCAGACUGUGAAUCUCAGAAUAAAAUCCUUAAGUUUUGAAAUUAGACUUAUUAAUUACGGGUGACUGUUUCCAUUCAUCCUUGGCCCCAAGUAUUCGCUUGUGAACCUUUCAGAGAAUAUUCCCCAUUUUCAGUAUAUAGCAGUAUUUGUUAACUUCCUCUAACUGUAGGUAGUCCUUUAAGGCUAUACCUUUUAAGGUCAGAGGUCAAGAUCAGAGGACAUUGAUGAGAUUGCAGAGAAAACAAGAACGCUUUACAAAGGUUGAAGCCAGUUAGAAUGUUUCCAUGAAGUUCUAGCCGAGUUCACUUACUGUCUCAGAAAGAUCUGAACUUAGUUCCUGAUGAUAUGAUAGUUCCUCUAUAUUUUCUCUGCCAUAUCCAGAAUCCUUGGAAUUCUGUUUAUUAUUGGUAUCAGUUCGGCAGUGCAUGUGUAUUGCGUGUUAUUUGUUCUCACUUCAUUUAAUCAAGAUUUUUCCACAAAGCCAUUUAAUUUUUCAAAGAAAACGGUUGGUUUAAGCUGCAUUAAAAUAAUGUAGACAUAUCCAUAUUCUAUGAUAUUUUUGUUGGAGUUAUGGAGUAAUAUGUAACUACGGUUUACAACAGACUUUUCCAUCAGUAAGAAAUAGUGUUGACAUUUGGAAGAGAGCAUAUCAGUUUUGUCCGAAGGUAUAUUAAAACCUCGUCUUGGUGACCGUGACUUUUUUAAUGAA